GUUUUUGGGGAUAUUGGGGACGUCUUAAGUACAAAUAACAACGAAGAAGAGGUCAAUUGGGAUGAAAAUACGUGAAAUGGAAACGACCUAAGUAUAAAUAGGUACAGGUUUGUAGGGUUGUCUAAUUAGUUAUAACAAUAUUUUUUAAAUUUGUUGGUAAAAAUCUUGUUUAUUCAUGAUGUUUUUGUCUAGAACUUUUAUUCAAAAUUAUCAAUGUGUUAUUUUAUUGUUUGGUAAAUAUUUAUAUGAUCAGUUACGUAUUGUUUUCUAUUUUUAAAUAUACCUCGCAUGUACGUAUCAAAGAGUGCAAAGCCUUAUAAGAGAUAUGAUCCCUUAAUAUUAAAAACAGCAAUAGAAGCCUAUGAAAUUGGGAAUAAGUCUUUAGUUGAAAUAGCUAAGCAAUUUAAUAUAAGUAAGUCGAUUUUGCACAGACAUGUAAUAAGAACAAUGAAAUCUCAAUGUGGACAAAAAUGUCUAAGUAAUACAUAAUAAAAUAUUUGUUCAGAGUGGGGGUAUUCAUCUGAUUAAUCCAUGGAAUAACCGACACACCUAAUCUCUUAACCCAGAUAAAAAUAUCAGCCCCUAAGUACUUACCAAGAACGAAGAAAUAUAAACCGUUUAUAAGAAAGCCCACUCGUUCGAAUUUAGGUGCUUACUCUCCUUUGGGACUACAAUAAUGUCCACGGUAGCGUGGUCUCCGUCAAUGUUCAUUCGGAGUUGUCCGAUUGCGCUGAACUAAUUUUAAGUGAUGAAAUAGAUGUUUUUAUUAAUUGUCUCACAACUUACAGGACAAAUCUGUCGCGGAUCAUUUCCCAAGUAAAUAUAAAUUAAUCAUAAGUAAAUAAAUGUAAUCAAGUUGAUGAUCACUUUGUUGGUGCAACUAAAUAAAUAAAUAAAUUAAAACCAAGUAGUGCCAACCCUAGCAAAUUUCUCAUUUCGUCCCAAUUAACCGCAAUUUCCGGGUAAAUAGGGAUUACACCUAUUUUUGCUUUUUUUGCCUAAACUGGAAUGCUAGUUGCAUAGUUUUAAAUUGGACAACAAAGAUGCCCCCAAGACUCAAUCAUUUUGAUCCUGAUAUAGCAUUAUAUACAUCAACAACUACCUUAAAAUUGGUCAUAAAGUUGGAAUUUGUCCCUAAUCGCCCCAUUUUACCGGUACUUAGAGUAAGAAUAAAUUAUUGAAUGGUAUUGCGAUGAUGUGCAGGCAGGUACGGUAAGUUUGGAUUGGCCAUGACACUGGUGAUGUUGAUGUGAAUAGUAGUGAUAAUGAAAACAAUAAUAAGUUAGUUUUUAAGUUAUAUUCGACAGGAUUUAAAAUAAUGAUAAGAAUUGAUUGAUUAAUUGAAUUCAUCUUUUUUUCAACAUACGCAGAAUUGCGAUAUGGGAUAUUUUUUAUUUCUCUUGUAGGCAGCGAGGAUAUGACCCACCUGGUGGUGAGUGGUUACCGUCGCCCAUGGACUUUAGCAAUGCCAGGGGCAAAGCCAAGCCGCUGCCUACCGUUAAAUUACCUUCUUCAUUCAAGCGCUUCCGCCACCUUGCUUUUCCUGUCCUUCUUUUUUCCCUUUAUUACCGUUUUCUUUCACUCACAUCUUAACGUUUUACUGAAACAUUUCAUCUCAUAACGUUUAAUGCCAAUUUAUUAAAUUUCAAAUAAAUCAACUUCAUUCUAUUCCGCUUUUCAUUUUGAAAAUGACAAAGAAGCUAUUUCCUUUCAUUACAAAACAUACACAAAAAGUAAAAAGAAACAAAAUCUGGCUUGCAACAUAAGCCAAUUUCAUCCCACUUCAUUAAUGUCUCAAAUUAAUCAUCUUCAUUUCAUUUCACUCCUUAAUAUCAUUUUUCAUAAAAAUAAGAAUCUAAAUUAAAAUAAAACAUGACUUAAAGGUCUUAGUUACCAGGUCAUAAAAUCCCUUAAAAAAUACCUCAAAUUUAAACUUGCUACAAAGAAUAAAAAUAUAACCAAAUAGAACAUGGAUCUAAAUCAAAUAUAUUAAGUGUAUAAUCUAUGGAUCUAAACGUUACCGGUGAAGACUGGCUAGUAAAUUGAGUGUUUCAUGUGGAUAGUUAAAAGGAAAAGUAUAUCAUUGGGUACUUCUACUAAGUUAACAUAAAAUGACCAAACUACUAUUUCGAACGAACCGGGCGAUCGCCAUACAGGUUUUGUCUCGAUACAAGUCAAAUGCUGCCCCGCUAACACUAACAACAGUGAGAAUAAGAGAUAAAGAUCAUAUUACAGACGAAUACACGAACGUAACUCCUAAAAUACUAUCUUAUUUGGGUCGCAAUCUACAUCUUCAAAAAGGAAAUCCUUUAUCAAUCGUGCGACAGCGAAUCGUGGAAUAUUUUUAUCGCAGGUUUACUCACAGAGGUAAACCGACAUUCAGUGUAUACGACAACUUAUUGCCCGUAGUCAGUACAAAACAGAACUUUGAUGACCUUCUAAUACCGAAUGAUCACCCAAGUAGAUUGAAGUCAGAUUGCUAUUACAUAAACAGAGAUACUUUAUUGCGAGCACAUAUGACUGCACAUCAAACCGAACUAUUAAGAUCUGGCUUAGAUAAUUUUUUGAUGAUCGGCGAUGUGUACAGGAGAGAUGAAAUUGACUCUACACAUUUUCCAAUUUUCCAUCAGGUAGAUGCAGUGAGAUCACAGCGAAAAGAGGAGUUGUUUUGUGAUAAACCAGAUCUAGAAAUUUUUGAGCCAGAAUUUGAUUCAAGUAAUCCUAAUGCAUUAAAAAAUUCCAUAAUGGAUCCAAUGAAACAAAGUUGCCAUACGCUGGAAGCCACAAAGUUAAUGGAAUCACAAUUAAAAAAUCAUCUUAUAGGUCUAUGCAAGGCUUUAUUCGGGGAAAAUAUUAAGCACAGAUGGGUGGAAGCUUAUUUUCCAUUCACUCAUCCAUCAUGGGAGCUGGAAAUAUAUUAUGAAAAUAAAUGGUUGGAGGUACUUGGCUGUGGUAUAGUGAGGAAUGAAAUAUUGGCCAAUAUUGGUCCAAAUAAUUCAAUUGCAUACGCUUUUGGUUUAGGAUUAGAAAGACUUGCUAUGGCUAUGUACAAAAUACCAGAUAUAAGGCUGAUGUGGAGUACAGAUUCAGGAUUUUUGAAUCAAUUUCAAAUUGAAAAUAUCAACGCUAAUAUUACAUAUAAGCCAGUAUCUGUGUACCCUCAGUGUACGAAUGAUAUCUCAUUUUGGCUACCGGAAACUCUUACAGUUGACACAUUUACAAAUAAUGAUUUUUAUGAUCUAGUCCGGGAUGUUGGAGGUGACAUAAUUGAACAGGUGAAAUUAAAGGACAAGUUUAUACAUCCGAAGACCAAGAAGCAUAGUCUUUGUUACAGCAUUGUGUAUAGACAUCUAGAACGUACUCUUACACAAGCUGAGGUAAACAAAAUUCAUAAACAAAUAGAAAAUGCAGUGGUCAAAAAUUAUAAUGUAGUCAUAAGAUAGUAAAAAAUUUAAAAA